GAGGGAGGCUCGCCGCAGUUCCGUAAGGCGCGGGUUCUAGGACGGCGGAGACGGUCCCUGGCCUCGUUCGUCGAGGUAGGGCAGGGCUCGCUGACGGGCACUGGGGCUCCGGGAGCCUCUGUGUCCCCUAAAAGUGUCUGAAGCCUCCCACGCACCCGAGCACCCAUCCCUGCCAAAGCGCCUGCGCCCCUCUGCUCCGCCGCCACCCGCCCAGUCGUGGGGCUAAGACUAAACUACAGCUCCCCGAGUGCACCGCGCGGAAACCUGUACGCCCAGGUCAGGUGACUACAGUCAGGUGACUUCUGGCCCGCCCUCGCCCAAAAUCCAGCUGACGGGGGGCAACACGUCCAGUCGGAAACGGAUCCGGCGUCCGGUGUGCUUGGUUCCCGGGCCUAGGGGACCUCGGGCGAGAGCUGGAGCGACCCCGGCAGCCUCCCCCACUUGCCCGGCGGAGCCCCAGAGGGCUGAAGAUCGGCACUUUCUUUGAAAUUGAGAAACAUGAUAAGGAGUUGGCUGAUUAUUUGUAUCCUUCUUCCCCUGCAGCUUAUAGAGAAAUGUGGGUCGACAGUUGACUUCACUGUUCCUGCUACAGUAGAGCUGGAAAAUGGAAGCUCAGCCAACACCAGCAUCAUCCUUCAGCAUCCAUUAAAUGCAACCUUGGUGAUCACUUUUCAAAUCACAUUUCGUUCAAAAAAUGUUACUAUCCUUGACCUCCCUAAUGAAGUUGUGGUGCCUCCGGGAGUGACAGAGUCCUCUUUCCAAGUGACAUCUCAAAAUGUUGGACAAGUUACUGUUUAUCUGCACGGAAAUCAUUCCAACCAGACCAGCCCAAGGAUCCGCUUCUUGGUCAUCCACAGCCAUGUCAUUAGCAUCAUAAACCAGGUGAUCGGCUGGAUUUACUUUGUGUCCUGGUCCAUCUCCUUCUACCCCCAGGUGAUCACCAAUUGGAGGCGGAAAAGUGUCGUUGGUCUAAGCUUUGAUUUCGUGGCCCUAAACCUGACAGGCUUCGUGGCCUAUAGCGUGUUCAACAUUGGUCUCCUCUGGGUACCCUCCAUCAAGGAGCAGUUUUUCCUCAAAUACCCCAAUGGAGUGAACCCCGUGGACAGUAAUGACGUCUUCUUCAGCCUGCACGCCGUCGCCCUCACCCUGGUUGUCAUGGUGCAGUGCUUCCUGUAUGAGCGGGGCACCCAGCACGUGUCCUGGCCUGCCAUCAGCUUUCUGGUGCUCUCGUGGGUCUUCGUGCUUGUCACCAUGAUUUUGGCUGCAGUCAGGGUGAUCACAUGGCUGCAGUUUCUCUUCUGCUUCUCCUACAUCAAGCUCGCAGUGACGCUGAUCAAGUAUUUUCCACAGGCCUACAUGAACUUUCACUACAAAAGCACCGAGGGCUGGAGCAUUGGCAACGUGCUUCUGGACUUCACUGGGGGCAGCUUCAGCCUCCUCCAGAUGUUCCUCCAGUCCUAUAAUAAUGACCAGUGGACACUGAUCUUUGGAGACCCAACCAAGUUCGGACUCGGCAUCUUCUCCAUCUUCUUCGAUAUUGUCUUCUUCAUUCAGCACUUCUGCUUAUACAGAAAGAAACCAGGGCUUCAGGCAGCACAAACGGGUUCUGACAGCCAUCCCAGGCAGGAUUGGGUGCUGAGCUUGGAGCCGAAGGCCUUGACCUAAGCAGCCAUUGUUUCUGGGAGCAGCUUGAAGGACUGACCCCGCAGGUGUGAGCCAAAGGCAUUUCGCUGCCACUGCUAUUCCCAGAGACCCAAGCAGCCAGGUGGUGUGGCCAGUGGACUCAGAGGUGUUGGUGCUAGAAAGGACAGGAUUUGGGGGUUAGGCCCUUCCCCGAAGGCCACACUGAACACUCACCUUCCUGAUGCUGUUUCUACAUAAUUCAACUCCCCCAACUGUAAUCACAGGUGACCCAGGCUAAGGUCUGGUAAAGAAACUAGAUUUCUAAGCCUUGAAGUGACCAACAGAUUGGUUCUGAGCUAGGCUUGUGCCCAACCCCUCUGGAUCCUUAUCACACUAACCCCUUUUGGGUUUUUUGGAGGGAUGUUCUGGAAGUGGGUGGCUUAGUGUCUCCACCUUCUGCCUACCUCUACUUUCCCAGAGUCAGGGACCCUAUUUAAUCCCCUUUGACUGCUCCUUAUCUUGUGCUGGUGUGUAGGGUGUGUGGAUGCGCAUGUGCACACGUGCACACACACACACACACCAGUCUGCCUUAGAGGCCAGGAAGACCUGACAAAUGGUGAGAGAAGCUCCCCUGUAGGGGAGGAGGGCUGGCCCCCUUCCUUCACUUACCCCAGAUCCUACCUGAGAGCAACUUUUUGGCUGUUCAGGAGUCUCUCAUAAGGACUUGAGACCACUCACACAAUCCUCAUGGGCCCAACCCUUAUUCCAAACCUCCUUCCCUUCUAUCCCAGGCUGUCCUUCCUGUGGCAGGAGGGGAGGGUGCCAGGAUGUGCCUUGUCAGUUCACGUUCAGACCUUUUACUACAAGAUUAAUGUGAGGUGCCUAUAUCCUUAAUUAAAAUGAUUUGUUUCCUUUCUGCACACUGA